AUGAGCCAAAAUAUGUUUGCCUUCGUGGACUAUUUUAUAUGUGGAACAUUGGCACGAAAAAAAUCAAAAUGAAUGUAUUCGAUUUAUUCCUUGAUGCGGCAAAUAAAGAUGAUGUUGUUGCACAAUAUUUUAUCGGAAGAUGUUAUGAAGUUGGACGAAGUACUAAAAAAGAUAUGAAGAAAGCAAUUAAAUGGUAUAAUAAAGCAAUUGAUAAUGGAUGCGCAGCAGCUGAACGGAUACUCGGAGAUUAUUAUUUUAGAAACCAGAGUUAUUCUAAAGCUUUUAAAUUACUCCAAAGUGCAACUGAUAAGGGAAAUAUAAUGGCAAUGUAUAAUUUAGGAUUAUGUUACAAAAAAGGACGUGGAACAGGAGAGAAUAUGGAAAAAGGGUUUGAAUAUCUUAAACAAGCUGCUGAAAUGGGUGUACCUAAUUCACUACGUGAACUUGCUAACUGCUAUGAAUACGGUGAAGGGACAGCAAAAGAUUUGAAUAAAGCAUCUUAUUGGUUUCGAGAAGCUGAUUGCUACCAUGCUCGAGAACGUGUUACGGCUAAAAUCAAGGACAAUCUA